AUGGACCUGGACGAGUUCCCUGAUUAUCUAGCGGUGAAGGGAAUUGGCAGUUCGGGAAGCGUUUCGCAGAAAGCUGUUCGUGCUACAGUCAGCCCUCGUUUUGCCAGUAUUUCGGACUUCGAGGAGGUCAUACGCUUCAACGUCUUGGCAAAGCUGACUAUUCCACUCCCGUACGAAGGGUUCGAAACAAGCCAGUGGAAGCUGCCGGCCGACAUCGUUUUAGCUGACCCGGAGUUCUACCGAACAUCAGAGAUCGACAUGAUCAUCGGCGCCGAAUAUUAUCUCGAUCUGCUGCAGGAUGGGCGGUUCAGGCUCAACGAGGACGGUCCGACCUUCCAGAACACCGUCUUUGGAUGGAUCGUCUCCGGUCGCAUCUCCAACAGCACACUCUCCGCACCUGCAACGACCACUACGCUUUGUUCCACGUCGGAACUCCAAGAACAGCUCACUCGUUUCAGGGAGCUCGAAAGUUGUCGCCUAACGAGCACCUAUUCCGUGGAAGAGUCCGCAUGA